AUGUGGUACACCCGCUCAUACUUGGAUUCGCCCGUGAAAAUGACUGCGCUACUUCUGCGUCAAUCCGUAACGUCUUUAACCACGUCCUCGUGGUCGUUGCGUCCUUAUUUUCGCAGGAAAUCGUUCUCCAACUUAUGUACACAUAUUGUGACUGAUAACAAGUCACUGACUGAAACGCUACGUGAGCUGCGGGCCAGUGAACACUUUGAUCUGAUUGUCAUUGGGAGCGGACCUGCAGGCCAAAAAUGCGCUAUUGACAGCGCAAAACACGGCUAUUCAGUGGCAAUAAUUGAUAAACGUGACAUGAUGGGUGGUGUAUGUGUACAUACAGGCACUGUACCCUCAAAGACAUUUCGUGAAGCGGCGCUGCAUUUGACAGGAUAUCGUCACAAAGCCUUUUACAAUGGUCAAGCAGGACCUAGCAAGCGAUUUGGAGUCGAGGACAUUCUACAGCGCGUCAAGAAAGUGGAAAACGCUGAGACGGAUAUUACACGCCAUCAGUUAUUGCGCAACGGAGUGCAGAUCAUUAAUGGCACGGCAAGGUUUAUGCCUGGCAAUAACCACAUGGUUGCAGUACUGUCGAAUGAGUCGUACGAGACUGCAACGGACGCCAAGCGACAUUCGAGCGCUGACAUUUGCAAGCGUGUGUUGACCGCUGACAAUUUCUUGGUGUGCGUGGGCACAAGACCGGCACGCCGCCCGGGCAUCCCAUUCGAUGGAGAGACUAUCUUUGAUAGUGACCAAUUGUUGUGGGGAAAGGUAAAGACAGUACCACGUCGCUUGAUUGUUGUUGGCGCGGGUGUUGUGGGCAUGGAAUAUGCGUCCAUGAUGACAAUAAUUCCCGGCACAGAUGUGACAGUGAUUGAUGGGCGCAAGGAAAUUCUUAACAUGGCGGACAAGGAAGUUUCGGAGGCGCUAUGUUACUCCAUGGCUCAAACAGGAACCCGAUUUCUUGUUGGUGAGAUGAUUAAGAAUGUAGAGAAGGCUGCAAAUGGCGAAGUCUUUGUGCACCUGGAAAGUGGCAAGACUGUUGUUGGUGAUGGUCUGCUUUACACGGUCGGACGUCAGGGAAAUGUCGAGGGCUUGAACUUGGAAGCGGUAGGCAUUGUUCCGGACAAACGUGGACACAUUAAAGUCGACAACAAUUUCCAGACUGCGGUGCCUCACAUUUAUGCAGCAGGCGACAUCAUUGGCUUUCCUGGACUCGCGUCAACGUCAAUGGAACAAGGUCGGCUUGCCUCCGUUCACAUGCGCACUUCCAAGUCAUUUUACACAAAGGAGAUUUCUGACGAGAAAAAGAUGGAUGAUCCGGACCGCGUACGCACUCGCAUGCGCUCUGGUGAAGUAUUUCCUUUUGGCAUUUACACUGUGCCGGAGAUUUCCAUGGUGGGCAAGAACGAACAGCAACUAACAAAGGAACAGGUUCCGUACGAGGUUGGCGUAGCUCGUUACGAAGAAUUGGCGAAGGGACAAAUGCUAGGAGGUGUUCCUGGCUUUCUCAAGCUUAUUUUCUGUCCCAAAACCCUUGAGAUUCUUGGUGUCCACGCGAUUGGCGAGGGUGCUACCGAAAUUAUCCACAUUGGACAGGUUGUAAUGUCUACUGGUGGUACUCUGGAGUACUUUCGCAAUGCUGUGUUCAAUUAUCCAACACUGGCGGAAGCCUACCGUGUGGCAGCACUGAAUGGUCUUCGCAAGGUUGAUCACUUGAGCGAUUCUUAA